CCGUGCGCGCUCCUUCUUCCCCUCCUGCGAAAGAAACCGCAGAGGCAGGAGCGGCGAGGGACCGGGGAUCGAGAGGAGGGAGUAAUGGAGUACAGAAAAGUGAAGGAUCAGGAGACUUAUGAUGUCAUAUUUCAGGACAUAGAAAGCCCUGAUGGGAGGUCCCUUUCUAGCACUGCAGCAUCUUCCACGCUUGGCGACGCAGGGGGUUUGAAGGGCAAGCAUAGCUGGAAGCAAAAGUCCAUUGUUACAGUUGCAUUGACAUUACUAACAAGUUCCCAGGCAAUACUGAUUGUGUGGUCAAAAAGAGCUGGAAAGUAUGAGUAUAGUGUCACAACAGCAAAUUUUUCUGUGGAAGCUCUGAAAUGUCUAUUAUCACUGGUAGCCCUGUACAGAACAUGGAACAGUCAAGGUGUUACAGAAGAUAAUAGGUUAAGUACAUCACUAGAUGAAGUUAGUGUUUAUCCUAUUCCCGCCGCACUUUACAUGGUAAAGAAUCUAUUGCAGUAUUACAUCUUUGCUUAUGUGGAUGCACCAGCUUACCAGAUCCUGAAGAAUCUGAAUAUUAUUAGCACUGGUGUCUUAUACCGUAUCAUUCUAAAGAAGAAGUUAAGUGAAAUUCAGUGGGCUGCAUUUAUUCUUCUAUGUGCUGGCUGCACUACUGCUCAGCUUAACCCCUCAUCAGACCAUGUUCUUCAAACCCCUCUUCAAGGUUGGAUGAUGGCAAUUGUGAUGGCUCUUCUGAGUGGAUUUGCUGGGGUAUACACAGAAGCUAUCAUCAAAAAACGUCCUUCAAGAAACAUUAAUGUGCAGAAUUUUUGGCUGUACAUUUUUGGAAUGAUCUUCAAUUUAGUUGCCAUCUGUGUUCAGGACUUUGAUGCUGUCAUGAAUAAAGGAUUUUUUCAUGGCUACUCAUUUAUUACAUUUCUGAUGAUCCUAAACCAUGCACUCAGUGGAAUUGCUGUAUCAAUGGUGAUGAAGUAUGCUGACAACAUUGUCAAGGUGUAUUCAACUUCAGUCGCAAUGCUUCUGACAGCAAUUGUAUCGGUCUUCUUGUUUGGCUUCCAUCUAUCCCUUGCAUUCUUCCUCGGAUCUACGGUUGUUUCUGUCUCGGUAUAUCUGCAUUCUGUCGGGAAGCCACAGCCGCAGAAAUGAGUUCCACCCCCGUCUCUCCAAGAGUUGGCAGAGAACGCUUUGAUGUCGUCGCAUUGUAGAAGGGUUUAUGGAUAGCACCGCCAACAUCAUUGCACAACGUCAAAGACACAAAUUCACUCUUGGCCAUGCCACUGUUCUUGACUAAAGUUCUGAAGGAGCACUACUUAAAUUUGAGCAUCAAUGCCGAUCCAAGGCUGACUGACCAACAACCUGUUGACGUAUCACUUCGCUGCUGUUUGAACAGCUUGAGUGUUGAGUGGUUUAAUUUUGAUUUGUGGUUGAAGUGGCGUUAGUUUCCUAUCUGGGGAGGUCAAUGAGAUACAAUUUGUUUUCUCCCGCUAGCUUGUGCUGUACAAAAAUCUGAACAUUGACUGCGUGCAGCAGCAGCAGAGCCUCUUUUGCCACGAUCGAAAUGGCCGCUAUUGCAGUAGCUUGUGCUAGCC